AUGUCUGAAACUCCUGCUCUGAACAGAGGCCGCUGGACUCAAUUCCCGCUGCACCCCUGCCGACCAACACAGCUACCGGCGUUCUGCACACGUUCAGGGGCUGCACCUGACCCAGGGCUGAAAAACGAGGCCCGGACCCGUCCCGCUUCGACCCGGGACAAUGAAAGGCGAGCCAGCGCUGGCUGUCGGUUGGUGGCGGCGCCAACGUGCCGCGAAAGGGCGCAAUUCGGCGCUUGGGCUGCGGGCAGCGGCUGCGUCUCGGCGCGGUCCCGGGGGAGAGGAGGGGACGGGGCUGGCCUGGCCUGCCUCGUUCCCAGGCUGGCGUGUGCCAAGGCGAAGGCGCCACCUCUGGCGCUCAAGCGGCGGCCGGCCCGCCCGCCUUCCCGCUCCCUCCUCCCCAGAGAGGCCUCCAAGGGCUCCCCGCGAUGUGGCCAGACGCACAAGCGAGCCGGGCCAGAAAGCGCCAUGCAAGGCGGCGGCGGCGGCGGCGGCGGCGGCGGCGGCAGGCGAGCCUUCGGCAACCUCUGCCCCAACAGGGUGCAGGAUCUGGCCGAGCGGCUGGCCAAAAAGCCGGGCAAACCCGAGAAAAAGGUGCCACGGAAGAUCCACCCAAGAAGCAACCCGGCGGCCACUUCUAAUGCCCCAACUCCGGACCCUGUAGAUUUAGCGUUUGCUACCAUCGACUGGCAAGAUUUAGCGGACUGCAGCUCGGUCUUCCAGCCGGAGGCUUCUAGAGUCCCUGGGGCAACCCAGCAGAGCCCGUGCUUUCAAGUCGAGCCUGACUUUGAUUUCCAGGAAUUCCGUGAUGUCGUCGAUAGUUUCAUAGCUGAUCCAUCCUCACUAAUGCCACCUCUACUGGACUCUGCUGAUUUUGCUUUCCCUGUGGAUGAUGGAAAAUCCUUCAGCCCCUGCGUUCCUCUGCCUGCUCCCGAUGAUCCGCUGUCUCAGAUGAAUGUAGAAAGCAUCUCUUCUGCUGAGCAGUACUGGAAAGACCUGGCCAGUCAUAAUCAGAAGGCCUUGGGGGAUGCGCUUGUGGAAAAUAAUCAGCUCCAAGUGACACUUACCCAAAAGCAAGAAGAGAUUGCAUCUCUGAAGGAAAGAAAUAUUCAGCUCAAGGAACUGGCCAGCCGAGCCAAGCAGCUAGCAUCUGUGCUGGAUAAACUGAUUCUACCUCAGUGUAAAGACAGCCCAGAUGUCUCCCUCAUCAAUGGUCCCAACAAGAGGAGCCUCAGGCAGAUUUCCAUCACUGAGCAAGAGGACGACACAGAAGUGAAUGAAAUUUUGCGGGAAAUAUCUGACAAAUGUAAUCUAGCCUUGCAGUCUAUUGAUGAAAACAGAGGCCCAAAGCGUCCUCGUGGAGAGAGUGAUACGGUCCACAUGUAUGGUGCUUUCCAUGGGUUACAGACACACAGCAAUUGCAGCUCUCUGGACAUGAGCAGCAGUGAUCUGGAAGAAGGGGUCUCCUUCAGGACAUCUAUCAAAGAGCACUGUAACAUCCGGACGCUGGCCUUCCCUCAAGGCAAUGCGUUCACCAUCAGGACCGCCACUGGGGGCUAUAAGUUUAGGUGGGUCCCUAGCUGA